UCAAAGUUUGCUUAUUUUAUUCCCUUUUCUCAAACUGAACCCGCGUUUUCUCUCUCGCCGGAAAACACCGCCACCGUCAUCUCCGCCGUCGAUUAAAAUCAAAGAUAUAUCUUUUUUUUUUUUCAAUUAGCUUCUCCUUCCUCUGAGUUGUUCACUCACCCAUGGGUAACUGUAACGUCUGCGUGAGACCUCCCAACCCCGAAGAAUCCAAACCGACUCCUAAACCGAAGAAAACCAACCAAAACCGGAAAUUAAACCCAUUCACCUCCGAUUUCAUCAGAUCCCCCGUUCGAACCCGCGCCCCCAAGGACGCGGUAAUCCCCACGAGCCACCAGACCAAGAUCACCGACAAGUACAUCCUCGGCCGAGAGCUAGGCCGCGGCGAGUUCGGGAUCACCUACCUCUGCACGGACCGCGAGUCCCGCGAAGCCCUGGCCUGCAAAUCGAUCUCCAAGCGGAAGCUCCGCACCGCCGUCGACGUCGAGGACGUCCGCCGCGAGGUCUCGAUCAUGUCCACCCUCCCCGACCACCCCAACGUCGUGAAGCUCAGGGCGACUUACGAGGACGGCGAGAACGUGCACCUGGUGAUGGAGCUCUGCGAAGGCGGCGAGCUUUUCGAUAGGAUUGUUGCCAGGGGGCAUUACACGGAGCGUGCGGCUGCGGGAGUUGCGAGGACGAUCGCUGAGGUUGUGAUGAUGUGUCAUGUGAAUGGAGUUGUGCAUAGGGAUUUGAAGCCUGAGAACUUUUUGUUUGCUAAUAAGAAGGAGAACUCUGCGUUGAAGGCUAUUGAUUUUGGGUUGUCUGUGUUCUUCAAACCUGGAGAAAAGUUUAAGGAGAUUGUAGGAAGUCCAUAUUACAUGGCUCCUGAGGUGUUGAAGAGAGAUUAUGGACCAGAGGUUGAUGUUUGGAGUGCUGGAGUUAUCAUCUACAUCUUGCUCUGUGGUGUUCCUCCCUUUUGGGCUGAGACGGAACAAGGUGUUGCUCUUGCGAUCUUGCGGGGAGUUAUUGACUUUAAGAGAGACCCUUGGCCUCAGAUAUCAGAGAGCGCCAAGAGCCUUGUGAGGCAGAUGUUGAAUCCUGAUCCCACUAAGCGUUUAACUGCUCAGCAAGUGUUAGCUCACCCUUGGGUACAGAAUGCGAAGAAAGCUCCAAAUGUUCCUUUAGGGGAUAUAGUCAGAUCAAGAUUGAAGCAGUUCUCUAUGAUGAAUAGAUUCAAAAAGAAAGUUCUUCGUGUAAUAGCUGAGCACUUGUCUAUUCAAGAGGUUGAAGUGAUCAAAGACAUGUUCUCACUGAUGGAUGAAGACAACGAUGGGAGAAUAACUUACCUGGAACUCAAAGCUGGACUUCAGAAGGUUGGCUCACAACUUGGUGAACCAGAGAUCAAAAUGUUGAUGGAAGUGGCUGAUGUUGAUGGGAAUGGGUUUCUGGACUACGGAGAGUUUGUAGCUGUGAUCAUUCACUUGCAGAAGAUAGAGAACGACGAGCUUUUCAAACUAGCUUUUAUGUUCUUUGACAAAGAUGGAAGUACAUACAUCGAACUUGAUGAGCUACGGGAAGCUUUAACUGACGAGUUAGGCGAGCCAGAUGUCAGUGUUCUAAACGACAUCAUGCGUGAAGUUGAUUCUGACAAGGAUGGGCGUAUAAACUAUGAUGAGUUUGUGACGAUGAUGAAAGCAGGAACCGAUUGGAGAAAGGCGUCGAGACAAUACUCAAGAGAGAGGUUCAAAAGCUUAAGCAUUAACUUGAUGAAAGAUGGGUCAUUGCAUCUCCAUGAUGCUCUCACUGGACAAUCUGUCCCUGUUUGAUUUAAUUUGUUUUUUUUUUCUCUGCUUGUUCUUUGUGAGAUUAGGACUUUACAGAAGCUAUGGCCCUUAUAUAUAAUCAUUUUGGGUUGUAUUUGUAUGUAAUGUUUUGUUCAAAUGUUGCAUCUUUAUUAAAUCCUAAACCCAAAGAGGCAUAAGUACAAGAUCUUUCUUACA